AUGGACUCCAAACUGGUCAUCAACGGUUAUAACGUGCCACUAUGCGACACAGUCCGACCCGAAAAUGAAGACAACUUCAAAGAAAGAAAGAAGGAACUUCUGCCUGUGGGAUGGCGAAAGACACCGCAAAGUCGGCCUCUUCCUGGCGAAAUAAUCUACGAGGUGAAUGAGGAGAUGAAGCACUCCGACGGAGUCAAAAUAUACUACGAUGUUUGUCGGCCGAACAUCUCGGAAAAGGUUCCUGCGCUGCUUGCCUUGAGCCCCUACGGAAAAGGAGGGCAUGGUUUCCGCAACUACGAUCUCAUGCCGUAUAUAGUUGGCAUUAAAGAGGAAAUGCUCUCUGGACUGGAGAAGUUUGAGUCGUACGUUGAUAUGAAGACCCCCUCGUACUCGGAUAGUUGCCAAGAACUUCACAGGGUUGACCCCGCCGAAUGGGUUCCACGAGGUUACGCCAUCAUCAGUGUUGAUGUCCGAGGUUCUUGGGACUCGGAGGGAGACCUCUUCAUUGAGGGAACAGGAGCUGGCCGAGACGGUGCACAAAUCGUGGAGCAUAUCGCUAGUCUGCCCUGGUGCUCGGGCUCCGUGGGAAUGCAAGGCAAUUCGUGGCUGGCCCAAGUACAAUGGAGCACCGCGUCCCUUUGCCCUCCAUCUCUCAAGGCUAUUGCGCCUUGGGAAGGCUUCACGGAUAAAUAUCGCGACGUGUUAUGUAGAGGCGGUAUACCUGACGCUACCUUCGACAACCUUCUCUACCGUGCAACCGUCCGCGGCCGACAGAAACGAGAGGACGUCGCGAAAGCAAUUAAGAAAUGGCCCUUGAUGAAUCCCUACUGGGAGGACAAGAUAGCCAAAAUCGAAAACAUCGAUAUUCCCAUGUACGUCGUUGCAGGCUACAGCUCCAGCAUCCACAGCUACGGAACCAUUCAAGGCUUCCGAACAGCUAAGAGCAAGAAGAAGUGGCUUCGGGUUCAUUGUACGCAAGAAUGGUUUAAUAUCUACAGACCCGAUAUGACAGACGACCUUCAAGCCUUCUUUGAUCGAUAUUUGAAGAACAUUGAAAAUGACUGGGAGAAGACCAAUCCCGUGCGAGUGUCAAUUCUGACGUUCGGGAACCGCUUCGGCCCUAAGCCGAUCGAACACUUCCCAAUGGGGAGUUAUCCCCAUGAGAAGACCGAGUACAAGAAAUUAUACAUAACCGAGGACAAACUCUCUCUCUACUACCCGGAAGUCACCGGCGUUGCCUCUUACCAAUCCGAUGAUGCGAAUGCAAAGACGGAAGACUUUCUCUUUACAUUCUCCGAUACUACCACAUUGAUGGGAUUUACUAAGGCUAAGCUUUGGGUCUCUUGCAAUGAUUCGGAUGACAUGGACAUAUAUGUUAGCUUGAGGAAAGUCAGCAAGUCUGGAAAGCUACUCGAGCACAUCAACAUACCAUGGACUGCGAUACCCCAGAGCCACAGCUAUCAAGAGGAUGUGGUAGGCUCCAACAUUAUCAAGUUCACUGGAUCUCACGGAAUGCUGCGUGUCUCCCAUCGCGCUACCGACCGAUCCAAACAAAACUCCAUCAUGCCACAUCAUCCCCACAAGGAGGUUCAGAAGGUCCCGCCGGGUGAGAUCGUUCCCAUUGAGAUAGGUUUUUGGCCGAUUGGGAUGCAGUUUUACGAAGCUGAAAGUCUUCUUUUCCGUGUGGGGGGCAGCAAAGACGCUUACCUGGAGGUACCGGAUAUGCAAACGCCCAGUGUUUACGGGAUAAACAAGGGCAACCAUUAUGUUCACUUUGGCGGGAAGUUCAACUCAUAUGUGGUCGUUCCUGUCAUUCCGACUGUUUGA